AUGCCGUCCUUUUACCCGCGGACUCUGCCGCCGCAGAUGCCCCUGACACCUCCCGACUUCGUGCCAAGCUACAAUGCCGGGAGUUGCGCAGGGAUGCACGUCAAUCAAGGCCCCUUUUCGGGUCUGCCUGGCAUGAGUAGCCUGCAUGAAAAAGCUAGAUUUGAGUUUUCGGAGCGUUAUGGUCCUUCGCCUGCCUUUCUCCCUCCUGGCCAGAUGGCCUAUCACCCACCCCCUUCUUACAAUGGUGUCGCCGCCGCAACGUCUGCAAGCUCGGCUGCUCCUCUGAUGUCGGGAUAUGGCUCGGUGGCUGCGCCCGCGCUCCCGCCGAUUCGCGCGCCAGAUGCUCUGGCUGCCGAAUUGUCUUCGUACCAGGCGCGUUCUCAGCUCGAGCAAGAUGCUCGCUCAAAGCCGCCUCCCAAGGAAGACAAGGCCGUUGGGGGCGUUGCCGCCCACUUGGACUACGAGAUGGAACAGAUGUCGGAUUUUGUGUCUGAAAUGGCACAGGGAAUGUAUGACCUCUAUGCUUCUCGUAUCUGCCUCGCAGAUAUUGACAUUAUGCACAGUGUGCAGCCUUCUUCGCCCGUUCCCCCCGCCUUUCGCAAGUGGGUCUCUCAGAUUCUUGCUUCGACUCGACUGCCCAGCUCGACGAUCCUCUUGGGUCUCUAUUAUCUCUCCUCCCGGAUGACCAUGCUCCCUGCUCAAGGCCAGUGCAAGUCCUCGAGCGGUCAAGUCUACCGCAUGUUGACUGUCGCUCUGGUGCUGGCGAGUAAGUUUUUGGAUGACAACACCUUCCAGAACCGGUCUUGGUCCGAGGUGAGCGGCAUCGCCGUCUCCGAACUGAAUACUUUGGAGGCCGAAUGGCUCGUGGAUAUUGAUUGGAAGUUGCAUGUUGAAAGCCACCAUAUUGAGUCUUGGAGAGCUCAUUGGGAGAGCUGGACUGCUGAAGCGGUUGCUCGUGCGAGCAAGUCCGUCAAGUUGGCGCCGCUGGAUACAAAUAUUCAGCGUUCGAAUUUGCUGCAGAAGCCAUUUUCUCCAGCGCCCAUGUAUCCGGCCCAUUUUGGCGGCCCGGCUUUGCUCGGAAGUGGCGUGGAACGCCAGCAGUCACAGUUUCAUUCUCCCGGUCAUUUUGAUCAUUGGUUCUACCCCGCUCCGAUUGAGCAUUCUCCUACUUCCGCCCCCGAGACGGGCCCGACCACACCCGAAUACUAUGGACUUCCUGGGCCUUGGUCGUUUGGCGUGGCUCCACCACCUUAUUCUUUGCAUGCUGUUCCUCGGUCCGUCCAGGCUGGCCAGCUGCCCUCUCAGCCGCCGUCUUAUCAUCACACUCCAUACGUUCAGCCAUUUGCCCAGAACAUAUGGGGUGGGCAUGGUUUUGGCUGUGGCUGCCUUUACUGCGCACGGCAGCAUGAACCCUUCUUUAUGCCCUCAUCUUUUGCAGCCCAGACUGCUGCAGCCUAA